AUUAUAAAUCACACUAUUUUAUAUAAUUUUGUGGAUUAUGUGUUAUUCAAUAAGUAUAUUAUAGUUAAAUGAAGUGUAUCUCAAGAUUAUUGUGUUAAUGAAGGUACAGCUGUAAAUACAACAAUGGCAUUUUCAUUUCAUAUUGGUACCAAGUGGUGUCACAAUUUUCCAAAACUUGCAAAGGAAUCAGGUUUUCAUUUCAAUACGCAUAGAUCUAGGAUUCAUGUUGAUUGGAAUCGUAUAGGUUCCAUCGACAUAGACAGAUUAAUAAUAGAUAGAGAUUUUGUAACCAUAGAUGAAAAUAUUAAUAAUGUUAUUAAUUAUAAUUUGGAAAAUGAAUACGAUUUAAAAAUAUUAGAUUCUAAUUUCGUUAAAGUAUUUCGCCUUGCACAAUUAGCUGUGGAAUAUUUGCUUUAUUGUAAACAGUAUUUAGACCAAAGCGUAAUAAUAUUGAAGGAUGAGUUGAAAUUAAAAAUCGAAGAUAAUCAUAGGCUUAGAAAAGAAAUGAAUGCUUUGGAAGAGAUAAUAAAAAAUUUAAAAGAUAAAAAUAAAGAAAGGAGUAGAGUGAUCGAAACAAAGAUUGGAGAUUCCAAUGGUGAAAUACAUAAGUGUCCACAUUGUCCUAAAUCAUUUAUUUCAAAUACAUGUGUUAAAGCUCAUAUAACUCGUCGUCAUUCAUAUAUGAUUGAUUUAUCUACGGAAACAUCACCUGUACACGAUCAUUAUAAAACUGAGACUGAAAAAUUGCAUAACGAGAUAAAAAUGUUAAAAGAACGACUUAAUCGGGCUGAGAAAGUAAUAAAAAAUGAAUCAGAUAAAACAUCGAAUAGUAUUAAAAUAGAUAACAAGGAUAAAGAAAACGAAAGUGAAAAUGAUAGUAUUAGAUAUAAUGUAAAUAAAUAUGAUUUAAUAGAAAAACAGCAAAUAAAAAAUAAUGAAGAAAUAAACGAUUUGAAAAGUUUACUUUUAUCUGAAAUCAGUAAUUUAAGGCAUAGAAACGAAAGUCCUUAUGCAGUAAAUAGUAAUGUACCUGAGAUAAAUGUUAAAUUAUUAGUAAGUCAACAAGAAAAAGAAAUAGAAAGAUUGAGAAAUCAACUUCUUGAAAAGCUUACUCCGGAUAUAGAAAAAAUGCAAGACAAACUUAAAACGCAAGAAGAUUAUUGGAGAUCUAAAAUACAACAGAUGGAUCGUCAGCAUCAUUUAGAUAUCGAAAAAAUAACAAUGGAAUUAAAAUUAACGCAACAGGCAGCGGAAUUUAUUAAAGCCGAAUAUGAAUUUAAAGUUAGUGCCUUGGAAAAACAAUCUAAAGAUCAAUCGAGUAUUUUAAUGGAACAAAGUAAACAGCUUAGUUCGUUGUCUCAUGGUUUACAAAAUUCAUUAAUACAAACGGAUGUAAAUAAAUAUUUUCAUAAUGAUAAAAAGACAGAUAAUAUUGUAACACCCAUGAUACAAUAUAGUAAAAAUAUGCAUUUUCUAAAUAAAAAAAUUGCAGAACACGGUUCUGGAGAAAAAGUUAAUAUUGAAAAUACAGAUAGUAUAUUAAAACAGAAAUCAAAAAUUGAAUCAUUAUUAUCAGUACCAAAAAUUUCACAAAAUUAUCAUGAAACAAAAGAUACUGAUAAAUCUUUAGAAAGUCUCAACGUAGUCAAUGUAUCUCAAUUAGAAAAUGAUAAUCAGAUUAAUCGUAAACCAAAACAUUCCAAAAAUGAUUCCAUUAAAACUCAUUCCAAUAGCGAUAGUAUUCCAAGUAUUUUAAAUAAUAAUGAUAAUAAUGAAUCUUCGGAGUCAAGUUCAGAAAGCGUUGAUUCUAAAGUUAGUACAAUUAACGUAGAAAAUAAUAAAACAUCUAAAAAAAGUUUCCUUGAUAACCAAGCUAUAAGUUCUGCAACGUCAAGCUAUACUACAACAGAAUCUGAAACGGAAAGUGAUUCAGAAGCUAUCAGUGUUAAAAAAAACAUUGUAUCAUCGAAUAAAAAUGAAGUAAUAUCUUCUCCACCUAAAUCGAAGAAGACUUCUCAAAAUGAUAGCCUUUCUCUUGAAAAAUUAAAAAAAAAUAUACUAGGAACGUUUCACCAAAAAUUACGUGAUUUAGGAAUAGAUCCAGAAUGGAGUGAGAUACCUGAAGCAUCGUAUAAACAAAAAAUGAAAAUAAUUCGACAUCAUCAAAGUAUUUAUUCUAAGAAAUAUCAUAAAUAUAAUGAAGUAAAGCGUAACAUACUUAAGGAAGUUCUUCACAGGGUUUCUGUUAAAAAUAACAUAUCACAUCAAUCUAAGUCAGUUAAAAAAUCACCAUUGGAUAUACUUAUGACUAAUGUUAAAUCGAAAGCUAUGAGAACAUUUAAUAUACCAAAAAAUUCUUAUAUAUCACCAAAAAAAGUACAAAUGGAUUUAGAAGACGAAGAGUAUAAAAAUUUAAAUGCGCGUGAUACAUUUAAAAUUCCAAGAAAGUCUUCGAUUGUACCAAAAGAGAAUGAAAAUGUUGACAGCAAGGAGAAUAAUGAAAUUCAUCAAAAUGAAAUAUUUUCAAUGUUUGUUAACUCAGAGAACAGUGCAAAAUCUGUGAUAGAUCUGCAUAAAAAUGAAAAAAACCAAACGGAAGAAACUUCUUCAAAUAUAGUAACAUUUAUGAACGGGGAAGUUCAGAAGACAUCUACACCAAAGCAAAAUGACUCAACUAGUUUAAAAAAGAUGCAAGAAGCAAAAACACAAAGUUUUGUUAUUUCACCGAAAAACAAUAAGGGUGCAUUAAAAUCAACAACAGUUUCAGUUGGUAGUUCAACUAAAAAGAAAGUAUUUUUCAAUCUCAAGGAUAAGAAUGAUAAAGAGUCAUCACACACAUCUUCAUCUCAGCAAACAGAACUAAAUGAUAGCGACUGGAAUAUUUCAAGCAUUUCCGAUGAAAAGGUACAAGCAUUUCAAAAACGGAAAUCUCCUAGCGUUGAUAAUAUUAUAUUGAGGACAACGCAAGCUGAAAAAAUAGCAGAAAUUUCGAAAAAAAUAGAAAAACAGUUGUCUAUAUCCAGAAAGAAGCCUGUAGGAUCUAUUGAAGCAAUGUUUCCUUCAACUUUAUUUUCAAAGGAUAAUGAAAAGAAAGAGACCCAGGAUAAUAAAAAUGCACAAUAUCCUUAUUUAAGUUCAAUCAGUAUUAGUAGUUCUAGUUUAGAAAAUUUGAGUCCUAAAUUGGCAGGAAAUUCUAAAGUUAACAGUACCAAAUUUCCAAUGCCAACACCUAGGAAUUUACAAAAGAAAGAAUUAAAUAGUACAGAACCAAAAAAGACAUUACCAAUUACUAAUGAUUCUAACCUAGAAGCAGAUAUAGAAGAUAUUUUACAAACAGAAUAAAAGAACAUUUUUAUAUGAUGCAUUCAUGCAAUGUAUAUA